AGGCGNCGGACUACCAAAUUUAUCAUAGAAUGGCCGCCCUUCGAGUACACAGUACUCACAACUAUAAUAGCUUCAUGUGUUGUGAUGAGUCUUGAAGAACAUUUACCCAACGGAGAUAAAACCGUCCUAGCUGUUCAGUUGGAAGCGACUGAAUCCUAUUUCCUUGGAAUAUUCUGCGUUGAAUCUUGUUUGAAAAUCCUGGCUCUUGGGUUCGUUCUUCAUCCUGGAUCCUACCUUAGAAAUAUCUGGAACAUUAUGGACUUUAUCGUAGUUAUGACAGGAUUCAUAACGCUUCUGACCCCUGAUACAGAGGGAUCCAAGAACGAGGAGCAACUUCCAGUGGAUUUAAGAACCCUGAGAGCAAUCCGUGUUUUACGACCACUCAAACUUGUUUCUGGUGUUCCAAGUCUCCAAGUUGUUCUAAAAUCUAUCAUCAAAGCCCUGGCCCCACUCAUGCAGAUCGGACUCCUUGUCAUGUUUGCAAUCGUCAUUUUUGCAAUAAUUGGUUUGGAGUUCUACUCUGGGGCUCUUCAUAAAUCCUGCUACUCCCUCUCAGAUCUAGAGGAGAUAGUUACUGAGGGCUCCAAGAUGGUUCCCUGCUAUGAGGGGAGUAGUGAGCUAGCUCCGAGUGGAGCGUAUACCUGUGAUCUGAGUAUAUCUCAGUGCCUGGAGAAGUGGGAGGGACCUAACAAUGGAAUCACGUCCUUUGAUAAUAUCGCCUUUGCUAUGCUAACAGUUUUCCAGUGUAUUACAAUGGAGGGAUGGACUUCUAUACUCUACUGGAGAAUUUGCCAGGGAGAGAGAGAGGGUUGAGAACAGACAUGCUUUUCUUAAGCUUAGGAGACAACAGCAGUUAGAACGAGAACUUAAUGGAUAUGUUGGUUGGAUCUGUAGAGCAGAGGAGGUGAUCCUGGCCGAAGAGAGAACUACUGAGGAGGAGAGAAUACAUAUCCUAGAGGCCAGGAGAAGAGCGGCGGCUAAAAAGAAGAAAUUAAAAAAUCUUGGGAAAAAAAACAGUUCGGACACGGAGGAGGAGGUGGAGGAUACAGGUGUUCCGGUUCGCGGCAAAGCACAGACACGGCGAAGAACAGGAUGUACAGGGUUCUGGACUACAGAGAAGAGGAUUAGGUAUAAGAUCCGUGGCAUAGUAAAGCAGCAGUGGUUCUAUUGGGCAGUUAUUCUCCUGGUCUUUCUUAAUACUUGUUGUGUAGCAGUGGAGCACUACAAUCAACCUUACUGGUUAACCCAGUUCCUAGAGAUAGCAGAGUAUGUGUUUCUCUGUCUUUUCCUCACAGAGAUGUCAGUUCGAAUGUAUGCUCUUGGUACAAGAAUAUACUUCGAGUCCUCUUUUAAUAGAUUUGAUUGUGUUGUGAUAUGUGCCAGUGUUUUUGAAAUGGUUUAUACGUCUCUUAGAACGGAUGCUGGUCAGUUUGGUUUGUCUGUUCUCCGUGCUCUACGACUCCUCAGGAUUUUUAAAGUAACAAAGUACUGGUCUUCUCUACGGAACCUGGUUAUAUCUCUUCUCAGCUCAAUGAGAUCUAUUCUCUCUCUUCUCUUCCUUCUCUUCCUCUUUAUUCUUAUCUUUGCUCUGCUUGGUAUGCAGUUAUUUGGCGGAGCUUUUAAUUUCUCCGACGGAACUCCAGAUGCAAACUUUGAUAGUUUUGUUAUUUCUCUUCUCACCGUCUUUCAGGUAUUGACUGGAGAGGACUGGAAUGAAGUUAUNUUGUUGUUGUUGCAUGCAUCUGGAAUGGUGUACUCCCUGUACUUCAUAAUCUUGACCUUGUUUGGUAACUACACCCUCCUCAACGUGUUCCUCGCUAUCGCCGUGGACAAUCUUGCCAAUGCCCAGGAGCUCACUGCUGCGGAGAAUAAGGUUGAGGAUGAAGAGGAGAAACUCCGUCCUGUUCAACCAGUAGAAGAGGAGGGAUCAAACCGACCCAUCCUACCGUACUCCUCUCUCUUCGUCCUGUCCUCAGAUAAUCCGUUCCGUGUUGGUGUCCAUGCUGUUGUAACCUAUCCGUUCUUUGAUACCUUCAUCAUGAUCAUCAUUGUCGGCAGCUCUAUAUCCCUGGCAGCUGAAGAUCCUGUUGAUGAGAGGAGUGCGAGCAAUCAGCUUCUCGCAUACUUCGACUACAUCUUCACCUGCAUCUUCGCAAUAGAGAUGCUUCUCAAGAUUCUAGAUCUGGGAGUGGUACUCCAUCCUGGGAGUUAUUGCCGGGAUUUCUGGAAUAUUCUUGACGCCAUUGUUGUCUGCUGUGCUCUUGUAGCCUUCCUAUUUGCUGGAAGUUCAACUGGACAGAACUUGAGCACCAUUAAGUCCCUCCGAGUACUCCGGGUUCUCAGACCACUCAAGACUAUCAAACGAGUUCCUAAACUCAAGGCUGUGUUCGACUGUGUCGUUAAUUCUCUUAAGAAUGUGUUUAAUAUCCUCAUCGUUUAUAUACUUUUUCAGGGUGAAUAUUUUGAGUUUGGUUCUGACUCCGAGCCCCCUCGAGUCUACAAGAGAGAAUGGAGACAGCAGCAGUUUCAUUAUGAUAAUGUCGCGGUUGCCAUGCUAACUCUCUUCGCUGUACAAACUACUGAAGGAUGGCCAGCGGUUCUUCAGCACAGCAUGGGAGCAACCUUUGAAAACCAGGGACCUGAUCCACUCUUCAGGACCGAGAUGUCCAUCUUCUACAUUGUCUUCUUCAUCGUCUUUCCUUUCUUUUUUGUCAACAUCUUUGUCGCCCUGAUCAUCAUCACGUUCCAGGAGCAGGGGGAGGCGGAGCUACAGGACGGAGAGAUAGAUAAAAACCAGAAAGCUUGUAUCGACUUCGCUAUCCAUGCUAAACCUCUGGAACGAUAUAUGCCGAAGGAACGAAACAGUUUCAAAUAUAAAAUAUGGCGGGUAGUCGUCUCUACACCAUUCGAAUACUUUAUCAUGACACUCAUCGUUCUUAAUACACUGCUUCUUAUGAUGAAGUACUACAAACAAACAGAAACAUACAAAACCACCCUGCAUUACAUGAAUACGAUACUAACCGGACUCUUUACUCUGGAGUGUCUUAUGAAAAUAUUUUCUUUUGGAUUUCGGUAUCACAACAGUCCCCUGGUCCUGAUUGAUGUUCUAGUUUAUAUGAAUAUCAUUUUCACCCUUCUCUUCACCCUCGAGUGUGCACUUAAACUAACAGCGUUUGGUUGGAGGAGUUACUUUCGACAAUCCUGGAACACUUUCGACUUUAUCACCGUUGUCGGGAGUAUUGUUGAUGCACUAAUGGUCGAGUUUGCGAAAAACUUCUUUAAUGUCGGUUUCCUCCGGUUGUUCCGAGCAGCGCGGUUGAUUAAACUCCUGAGACAAGGAUAGACUAUUCGUAUCCUACUCUGGACCUUUAUACAGUCCUUAAAGGCGCUUCCCUAUGUUAUCCUGCUGAUUGCCAUGCUUUUCUUUAUAUACGCUAUAAUUGGGAUGCAGGUAUUUGGUUCACUACGGUAUAACCCGGAUACGGAUUAUAAUCGUCACAACAACUUCCAAACUUUCUUUGCCGGGUUACAGGUUUUAUUCCGAUGUGCUACUGGAGAAGCGUGGCCGAACAUUAUGUUAUCUUGUCAAGGGGAGAGACCGUGUGACUACAGAGCUCACAGGAGGAAUGAAACCACUGGAGAGAUUCUAGACCCGGAGAAAAGAUGUGGAUCAACCUUAACCUACGCUUACUUUGUUUCAUUUAUCUUCCUUUGCAGUUUCCUGAUGUUGAAUCUGUUUGUUGCUGUCAUCAUGGAUAAUUUUGAUUAUCUGACUCGAGACUCAUCAAUCCUGGGGGCUCACCACCUCGAGGAGUAUAUCAGGAUCUGGGCGGAAUAUGAUCCGAGUGCAACAGGACGGAUUCAUUACUCCGAGAUGUAUGAUAUGCUUAAAAAUAUGGAUCCACCCCUAGGCUUCGGGAGUAAAUGCCCUGACAGGUUAGCGUAUAAGAAGUUGAUCCGGAUGAAUAUGCCCCUGGACGGAGAAGGGAAGGUUCAGUUUACCACAACACUCUUCGCUCUCAUCAGAGAGAACUUAAAUAUUAAGAUGAGAUCAGCGGAAGAGAUGGAUCAGGCGGAUAUUGAACUCAGGGAAACUAUUCUCAAGGUCUGGCCUUUCACUGCUCGAGAGAAGAUCAAUCUGUUGGUUCCAGCUACUCAGGAAAUAGGACGCGGCACCCUGACUGUUGGUAAGAUGUAUGGUGGUAUACUGAUGCUAGAAAACUGGAAACAGACUCAGUUCAGGGAUUCAAUACCUUCAGGGAACAAGGGAGGAAUGUUUAAAGCUUUGGACAAGGCUCGGCGUUUGAACAAUAUAGAAGAAAACUCUUAUUCGAACCAUAUCUCAGCUUUCUCCUCCAGAAGAAUAAAUCCAGUCUCCAACUCCCCGCCCUAUCCAACUAUGCCAGAGAGAAUCGUACUGCAGGAUUUCAGAGGUUAUUCUGAUGAUGAGGAAACCUAUGGAGGGGAGUGGAAUAACUCGAGAUCUGAUGCUAGAUUUUACCAGGAUACAUGGGAGGCUCCUAGUCCUCCUCCCAGGACCCCCUGGAGAACAGCUCAUAUCCAACCUGACCUUCUCCUAGCCCACACACCUUCUCCGCACCGACGGAGUGCCACAGAUCCAAACAUUGCUGGUCUGCUCCGACCUCCACCACCUCGUCGUCGGCUUCCUCCAACCCCUCAGCAGCCCUCAAACCUAAACAUAGAUCAGCUCCAUCCUAUUCAUAUAAACCGGUCUCCAACAUUACCGGGUCUUCUCUCCGAGACUGAUCUAAGCAUAAACUUCCCUAAACUCAGUCGUAGUCCCUCUCAUAAACAUUUCGGAGAUUUUUCUCCUUUACUAGGAAUGAUUCCUUCAACCCUGCCCCGUCAUUCUGUACCUGCCCGUCGUACCCUCCCUGCUCCUCUACCUGGAUGGGCGGGAAUGGAGGAGGCCGUCCAGGCGGGGCGUGGUAGUCGUAUGCUCCCUGUUGUAGUUCAACCACGUCCUGGUGUUGGUCCUAGUCCUAGUAGAGGACAAAAUCAUAGGAAUAGAAAUAGUGAGGACGAAGAGGAGGACUGGUGUUGAGAGGAGAGAUUGGUCUGGAAAAUGAGUUGGAGGACAAGGACUGGUUUUAGGAUAAGAAAAAUGAAAUUAGUAGAAUGGGUGCUGGGAUUAGGUUGAGUAGGUUAAUUACUAGGACAAGAACUGUUGUUUAUGGAGGAAGAAUUAUAGGGAUUAAGAGGAGAAAAACACGGAAGAGGGGAUAAGGAGUAGUUUGGAACGAGGGGUUGGGAUGAGAAGUAAGUAAGAAGGAUUGGAUGAGAAAGUGUAGGGCGGAGGUUGGAAUGAAGAGUAGUAAGAAAGAGUUCGGGUUGAGGAGGAGUAGGACGGAGGUUGGGAUGAGAAGGAGUUGGACGGAGGUUGGGAUGAGAAGGAGUAGGUCGGGAUGAGUAGGACGGAGGUUGAGAUGAGUAGGACGGAGGUUGAGAUGAUGAGGAGUUGGACGGGGGUUGGGAUGAGGAGAGUAGGAUGGUGGUUGGGAUGAGGAGGAGUAGGACAGGGGCUGGGAUGAGGAGAGUAGGAUGGUGGUUGGGAUGAGGAGGAGUAGGACGGAGAUGGGGAUGAGGAGGAGUAGGAUGGAGUUUGGGAUGAGGAGAGGUAGGACGGAGAUCGGGAAGAGGAGGAGUAGGAAGGGGGCUGGGAUGAGGAGGAGUUGGACGGAGAUGGGGAUGAGGAGAGGUAGAAUGGAAAUUGUGAUGAAUGGGGCGGAAGUUAGUAUGAGGGAAGUGGGACGGAAGUGUGGAUGAUGAGGAGGAUUAGGACGGGUGGUAUGAUGAGAAGUAGGACGUAUGUUGGACUUGAUUAGUAGGAUUGCUGAGAAAAGUAGGUAGUAAGAUUACAAAACUGUGUGGGUCGGGUUUUGUUAGGAUUUAAAGCUCUGAAAUCCAUAUUGUAUAACAUGGAUUAAGGACGAACAAAUCUGUGAUUUCUGAUGUGAAUUUUAUAUUAGUAAAUUGUUGUUCUUGUUCUUUUUAAUAUUUACAAAAUAAUGAUGUAAUAAAGAUUUUUAAUAAA